UACACAAAACAGAAGAAAUCCCGCUAAAAACUGGAGUGGGUAAGAUGAAGGACAUUCCCGUUGAGAAGUUAUUGGAUGUCGUUAAAUCUUUGCGCUAUAAGGAAAUAUCUGGGAGAGAAGAAGAAGAUGAGGAAAUCGCCAACAUCUUACCAGCCGGACGGGACCUGGAAUACAAGGAUCUGUCCAGUGGUCUCCUAUAUCCAUGUGACGUAGCAAAAACCAAGGAAAACCAGAGCAAAAACCGCUACAAAAGAGUGGUACCAUAUGACGAUUCCCGGGUGGUUCUAAGAUCAAGUCCCUCAGGAUCGGACUACAUUAAUGCCUCCUAUAUUGAUGGUUACAGGGCCCCGAAAUUUUACAUAGCAACUCAAGGUCCCCUUCCCGAAACGAUCGCUGACUUCUGGAGCCUUGUGUGGCAGGAGGGGAGUGCGGUCAUCGUCAUGUUAACCCCACUCGAGGAGCAGAAUAAGGUAAAGUGUGCAGGAUACUGGCCGGAACAGUCCCAGACCUACGGGGACAUCACGGUCACUUUACAGAAAGCUGUGCAGACUGGGACCACAAUCACCAGAUGCUUCAGCCUGAAGAAGGCGCAGUCUUCGGUACAGAUGGCGGUGGAGCAGCUGCAUUACCUGGAGUGGCCGGACCAUGGGGUGCCCAGUCGGAUGUCUAGUUUUUUGCAGCUCCUGGAGCAGAUGAACAAGUGCAACACCCCAGGAUCGGGCCCCGUCAUUGUGCACUGCAGUGCCGGGAUCGGUAGGACCGGGACGUUCAUAGCUCUGGACAUCCUCCUGAAGAUGGCGCGGGCUGUGAAGAAGGUGAAUGUGUUCAGCUGUGUCCAGGAGCUGCGGAAGAAGCGAGUAAACAUGGUGCAGAACAAGGAACAAUACAGCUUCCUAUACGAUGUCCUGGUGGAGACGCUGCUGUGCGGUACGACCAGUGUGCCAGUGCUGGACAUUCAGAGGCACCUUAGUCACAUGACCAAGUGGGAUCCCCACACUCACAUGGACGGUUAUGACAAGGAAUUCCAGGAUCUGGAGCAAAUUACACAAUUGUAUCAGAUUUAUCAAUGUAAAGAAGCGAAGAAACCAGAAAACCAGAAGAGGAACCGAAACUCCGAAAUCCUCCUAGAUACAGGUGAUGGAACAAACACAACUUUGACCGAGGUCACUGACCAAACAACUAUGUGGCAUCUACGGAGGGCUGUUGCUGGGCAGAUGUUAGCUGACUGCGGAUUGGCUGCGAGUCUGGAAGCGGGAAUCUUGGAAGGUAUAUAUGACCAGGCAUCGCUGUGGCUCGGGUCAGUCCGGCGAACCUGCGAAGAAAGAAGAUUCGAGCUCCGUUCCUGCCGUGGCCAAGUCAUGUUCCAGCCCGAGGAUCCGGCCCCUGCCGGCGCUGUCAGCUCCGCUGUAAAAGAGCUCUAUUUGCGGUUGCUGGAGCGUGCGGCGGGGGCCGGAGGAGAAGAAUGGCUUACCCGCUGUCUUGAAGAUGCGCCCGGACCUUCGGUGGAAGAAGAUCCCCGUCCUACCCGAGUCGACUCCGCAGCCGAGACCCAAGACCGGAGGAUUCGCCGACCGGAAAUGGAGGAAGAGGAGGAGUCACGUCACUUCGCCGCGCCGCAGACGUCAUCGGGGCCGGAAGUUCCGUUACCCAGAAGAUCCUCCAGGAACUCAAGUCGUUCCAAAAGAAGAAGACCGUUGCCAUCGGAAGCCAGCUCCAGCCGGGCAGCGCCGAAGAGAGCUCCCGCCCCACCCGCCCAAGCAUCAGGAGCAGUGUCACCCGACAGGAGGGACAGGUCCGCUUCGGCCACAGCUCCGGGGGCGCCGGGCUACAAAGGUUCAUUAAAUGACGAGGUUAAUGCGAAGGAUUUUACAGUAGAAUAUGCAUCUUUCGAUUCUGCUUUGGCCAAGUUGAGGGAAGCGGCCAAUGGAGCUUGGUUGGCAAAGGCAGAUAUCAAAUCCGCAUUUAGACUGUUACCACUUUUGCUUCAUUCCUGGAAUGGGUAG